CUAUUUCACACAGAAUUGUGAAGUGGACGUGAGCGACGGACUAGAAUUUAUCUUUUGUUAAGAAAAUAGCUAGCAAAUUACACGGCGCGAAGUAACAAACAUAUUUAUAUUUGCAAAUCCAUCGGGAAUUUAAUCUAACCGAGGCUUUAUUAAGACCACAAAGAGGCCAGAGCUCGUUCGUCCGCUCUCGUAAAAAAGUGUACAUUAAUUCUUAAAAAAAUUACAAUAAACUAUUGCAACUUGGUGUUGUUUUCACCUAAUUUUAAGUUUUAGCCAUCAUGUAUGGUCAAAAUGUUCGAAACGUUUCCUAUUAUCCACCCUAUGGCUAUAAUGGAUAUAAGCAAAGCGGCGAACGUAUGUGGCGCAUGUCCCAUUCACUACCCUCUGGAAUGUCACGUUAUGCGUUUUCACCACAGGACACAGAUUUCACAUCAUCGUAUCCCGGUCCAUCGGCAAUGAAUCCACGCGGCCGCGGAGGUUAUAAUGAUUUUUCAGGUGGCGGCAGUGCAAUGGGCUCCAUGUGUAACAUGGCACCGGCGCAAAGUACAAACUCGCUGAACAGCGGCGGCGACGGUGGCGGCGGAGAUACUCAGGCCGUCAAUGGCACCAAUCUAAUUGUCAACUAUUUGCCUCAGGACAUGACAGAUCGUGAAUUAUAUGCCCUGUUUAGAACGUGUGGUCCCAUAAACACUUGUCGAAUCAUGAAAGACUAUAAGACUGGCUACAGUUUUGGAUAUGCUUUUGUUGAUUUUGCCUCCGAAAUUGAUGCCCAAAAUGCCAUUAAAACCGUAAAUGGCAUUACAGUAAGGAAUAAACGUUUAAAGGUUUCAUAUGCCCGACCCGGCGGAGAAUCAAUUAAGGAUACCAAUUUAUACGUCACCAAUUUGCCACGUACAAUCACCGACGACGAACUGGAGAAGAUCUUUGGCAAAUAUGGCAACAUUGUACAAAAGAACAUUCUCAGAGAUAAACUCACUGGUAGACCGAGAGGUGUAGCAUUUGUAAGAUUCAAUAAACGCGAAGAAGCCCAAGAGGCCAUAUCGGCCUUGAAUAAUGUCAUACCAGAAGGUGCCUCACAGCCCCUGACUGUGCGUCUGGCCGAGGAGCAUGGCAAAAUGAAGGCCCACCACUUUAUGAAUCAAUUGGGAAUGGGUCCACCGGCUGCCCCCAUUCCCGCUGCUGGCCCUGGCUACAACAAUAUGGUGCACAGAGCGUACAACUAUUCUGGUCUUCUGGAUGGUUUUUAUCGCAACAAGUCGUAUCAUUAUCCUUACUUAUAAUUCAGCCACACUCUAGUGUAAAUAAAUAUUUAAUCUUUAAUUAGCAACAACAACAAAGGCAAACUCAAUAGUAUUACGAUAUGAAUUAAUUAAUUAAUAAUGAAUGACUUGUAAAAUGUUUAGGUUAAAUUCAUUCUUGUAUAAGCUAACUAAAUUAUUGUUAAUAUACAUAAAUUCGUAAUUGUUUUUUAGUACUGCAUUCAAUUAUUACUUCCCAUACUAAGACGAUUCGUAUAGAACAACACAGAAAAAGAACAAACCAUUUUGUAUAUUGCUAACAAAACCAAAAGGAAAAAAAAAGAAAAAGAAAAACAAUUGAUUUGUUUUUUCUACAUGAAAGACUUAUAUUUUUAUUUUUAACUUUUAAGAUUAGGAAAACAAGAACUAUGAACUUGAAUAUGUUUGUGAUUUUUUUUUUCGUUUUUGUUCGUUUAGUUUUAAUAAAACAAAGACUGGAAAUUUAAGUUGAAUUUUUCCUUUAAUUUUACCCUUUUAACACCAGUAGGUAUUUCUUCUAGUUUAUUUUAAAGCAUUCCACAAACAUUUAUCUCAAAAUAUUUGGUCGGUUCCAGAAAUGCAAGAAUCUAAAAUCGAUUUAUCGGUUUAUGAUAUUAACACUAGUAGAUUCUUGCAGGUUCUGAAACAGACGAAGUAUGUACGUCGGAAAUUGAACCAAUUGAAUUGAAGGGUCUUUUUGUAAAAAUAACUAGCCUAACAUUGAAAUUAUUGUCAAUGGUGCAGCUACCUAAGUAUGGAUAACCUUGUAAUUGUUUUUUUUUUAUAAAUCUUUAAUGAUUAAUAAUUAAAUUUCUUCAUCUUAGUCUAUAAAAAUUCUUGAAAUUUACGCGAUCCUUUGUGUUUUACAAAAAGCCCUUCAAUUCGAUCACUGCCAGACAGGUAAGUUUUGUGAAAAAUUACACCUUAGAUAUAACUUGUUUCUUAGGUAGCAUUUGAUAAAAUGACGGCUAAGACAAUAACAAUUUCGUUCUGUAAAAGUUUAGCACAGAUACAGACGUUGCAACGAAUUCGAUUUCUCUUUUCCAAAUAUGUACUUUUUAGCACUACCGUCAUUACAUUGAUUUGUGUCCUAAAAUUACAAAGAAAAAACCAAUGAAAAAUGUACCUUAGCAACAAAUUAGAAUCUCGAUUAUAUAUAUUUGUUUAACCACUGUUUUGAUUUCUAUACCUUGUAUGUGUCUUUGAGUUAAUAAAAAAUAAAUAUUCUGACUGAUUAAUGAAAAGUAUUUGCUAGUUUAGUUGAAUAAAUAAUAAAUACAAAUUCACAUGUAAUACAUAGAAAUACUUAAUUAAUAAUUAAUUCAUGUACACAUUACAUGUUAGACUAAUUAAGAAAUUAUAUACAAAUCGUUUAGUUGGAAACUGGAAAUCAACUGAUCAUUUACCUUCGGUGGCCUGUAAUACAUGCACACACAGCUGUCAUUAACAGUUUGUAAUGAAAGUUCUCUUUGAAGUGCAAGGAUUUGAAUUCGCGUCAAUAUUGGAACUCUUUAUCCUAUGUUUUGUAAUUUUUAUGUUUUAUGUCGCUUACACGCAGAAGUUCUCAAUUUCAAGCAAUAACUUGACUUGGCUUCACUCGGCGAUAGCAGUAGGGACACUUUAUGCCGUUGCUUGGCAUUCUUAGAGUGGCUCGUGGGAAUUUUAAUAUUUCAUUAUCUCUAAAGCAAAGCUAAAGACAUUUGGGAGGGAGGGCCCAGGCGCAUGAAAAGAUUGGAAACUAUAAUUUUCUGUGCCAUACCUAGUCAUAUUACAAUAAUGCAAAAGCGAACGUGCAUGGUAAAGAGACUGAUUACGCAGUUAAUUUAACAUUUAAAACUGGCAUGCAUGAGACUAUUUAAUAUUUGAUCAAAGAAAUCAUUCCCAUAUUUGACAUCUCUAAAUUAUCACAAAUAUUUUGGGACAACAAUUCAUUGCAAUUUUGAAUUUAACCAAAUCUUGGUGUUCCUUUUACGUAAUCCAAGGCGUAUUUACAAGGUAACACGUUAAGGCCAGCUGUUGCCUGAUUUUCGCAUUAUAAUUAUAAAUAUAUUAAAAAUAACUUCCUUUCUGAUGGAUUUCACACGGAAAUUUCGUUUCCGGUGUGAUCUUAUUAAAUAAGCCUUGAUCCAAGUUUCUUAAUGUGUUAAUGCAUUGUAUUAACAUUAAUUAUAUUAAUUGGUUUUUGAAUACAAUUACGACUUUGCUUUGCUUACUCAUAGGGCAUGGCAGAUUAGUAUGUGCACCUUUACAACUUCAGAACUUCAGGCGGAACAGUCGACUUGAAGUAAACCUAACAAUUCAUUGUUUAAUAUACAAAUUUAAAAUAAAAUUCUCAAAUUUGUCAGCUUCUUUGAGAAUAAUUUUCUGCAGAGCAGGUUAACAACAUCUUCUAAGGUGUUAAUAAUUUCAAUUAACUGGAAAUCCCUAUGAUUUUCAUCCAUGUGUAUAAAUAGUUUCUAAGGAACAGAUUUUAAUUAGUUUGUGACAUGAAUUAAACAAAACAAAAAAGUAAAUAAAUGAAUGAAUGAUAAAACUGACUUCCAUAGAACUUACCACAUUAGCUUUAGCAUUUAAAUUUAUAUACAAAACCAAAAUUAGUACUGUUACAAAACGAUAUUGUUGAGCAAAUACUGAAAUUCCACGUUAAAAAAAAGAGUUAAAUUUUUUGUAAAUUAUUAAAAAAAAAAACAAAAAUUUACCCUAAAAAGGUUCCAGAACAAGUCUAACGAAAACUUUGUAUAUUAAAUAUUUUUUCAAAUGAAAUGAAAAUCCUUAACAAAAAUAUACAUAAUUAUAUAUACGACGAUAAAGUACUACAUUUUUUACUUAAGACAAGUUAAAACAAAUAUUUAUAAACAAAACAAAAAGUAAGAAGAAGUGAACAACGUCAACUGCCCAUAAAGAUUUUUUAACUAAUAGAACAAAAAAAAAAACGAAAAAAAAAAUAAAUAAAACAAAAAACUAAUCUAAUUUUAAUAUAAAUAUUUAACAAACUGUUAGCGGAUCAAAUUAUUUAAAUUUAUUAAUAAUGAAAAAGAUGGAAACCAACAAAAAAUGAAAUUAGUAAACACAAAAGUAUACAUACGGAACCGGCGUCUGUACCGGAUGUGUAACAAUACCAAUUAAUUCUUAAUGAUAAUAAUUUAUGUAAACGAAUUUUAAAACAAACAAUGCAUCUUUAUAAACAUAGUGAUUAUAUAAUAAAUUAAAACAAAAAAAACACACACGAAUCUAAAAUUGAUCAGAGUCGAAAUUACCGAACUAAAAUUUCAAAUCGUUUGCAACUAAUGAUGAAUUACAAAAUUUCUUUCCUUUCGUUCAAGGCGCAAAUCCAACUUUGGGCAAACAAAUAUUAUUUAACUAAUGGGUUUGUUACUUUAAGUUUCCACAAUUCAAAUGCAUUCAUUAAAAAAAAAAAAAAAAACUUUUCUUUUUUCGAGCAUUUUUUAACUGAAAUCUUCAAACAUUUAUGGAAAAAUGUUGAAACAAUAAAAAAAUACGUAAUAUGUUUCAUUAGCAGCAAAAUUUAAAGUAACUGAUAGUUGAAUACAUUUCAAGAAAAUCAAAUCGAUAGUUGACUAUUAUGAGAAUAAGUAAAUGAUGAUUGUGAGGCACAAAAAGGUAAAUAUUUUUAUUUAUAACUCUAUUGCUAGUUGCAGUUUAUAAAAAUUAUUUUGUUUUAGCUACUGUUUUACCCCACUCUCUUGUGGGGACAACAAAACAUAUGAGUUUUGGAAUUUUUGUGGACUAUAUUUAACUGAAGUCAUUUGUUAUCUUUAUGAAAGGUGAUUUUGAAAACUAGUAGUAGUACUAGUCAAUGGCUACACUUCCUAAUAAAAAAUAGACAGACGUCUGAUUAAUUUUCCUGCAGGAAUUGUCCAGCAGUUUUUUUUUCUGAGAGAGUGAGGAGAUGUAUCUUCUUUUAAAAUCGCUUGCCCAAUUAAAAAUCACCGAAACGCAAAAGGAAACAUUUAACAGAGAAUUAAUAUUCGAUUUUUCUUUGAAUUCUAUGACUCAUUUCAAAUAUUAUUAAAUAUGAAAUUUGUCUGAAACUAGUAAUGAAGCUAAUAAUUAACAAUAAAGAAAUAAAUAAUGCUAAGCUAAGAGAAAUUGACUGGUGAGAGGGCUAUUUUCUUGAGCAGCACUGCAAAAAGAAAUGUCAAUAUUUGUCUCUUAAUUCCUCCAGUUCUCUUCUUCUUUGUUUCCAUAAGAUGAUCUACUCUUAAAAUAUUACGAGGUUUCUAUGAAAAUUUUUCUAGACCGACUUCUUAAACUAAAUUGAAGUAUUUAUAUUCUCCGUUAUUACAUUCAUGUGUGAUAUCUGUCCACAAAAACACAUAACUCUUGGUUUUUAUUAAUUAUUUUUUAAGCUUCCAAAUGUUUAAGCGUAUUAUCCUUUUUUUUUUUGUUCUACAAUCCAUUCAAAUUAACAACAAAAGAAAAACAAAUUGUUAUGAUAAAAAUCAACCUCCCAAUUUAUGACUUGUUAUAUAAUGUAUCUUUAUAAAUGUUAUAUAUACAAAGCAAAAACAAAACAAAUCGAUAAAAAAAGAAUCAACAACUAUAUAUUCCAAUUAUAUACUCUAUAUACUGAUAUAAGCAUUAAAACCAAAUGACAAAAUCCAAAAAAAAAAAGAAA